GCUGCGUACAUCUUCCUCAGCGGGAAGAGGGCUGUGCGCUCAGCCAGCGCUGCCGCACCUUCCUGCGAAGCUGCGGGGCUGCUGUGCGCCGCCCGGGAGCGCUGUUCUUUUUCUCUUCGAUUUUCGGCUUGCUGUGGGCCUGCGCUGUGUUGGAUUUGGUACCUAAACAAGGGGACAGUAUUGGAAGUUCUGUCCAGCCUGCGCUGUUGUGUUCCCUGCGGCUCUUUGCGUUUCAGAGAGAUGUACCGGUGAAGCUGAACCUCGGCUCGGGGUAGGAGCGCCUACGUCGAAGCCGGGUACCCGCACCAUACGCGCUCCCGCACCGCCCGGCAGCAGCGCAGCAGCGGCCACCCCAGCGCAGGCGGAGCCACGUGGCGCUCAGGGGGCGGGGCCGUGCACGUGCGUUACUCUCGGCCCCGCCCGCUGCGCGGCGCUCAUCUCUGACGUCACAGCGACGCCAGUUGGCGGCGGUAGGCAUUGGCAGUUGGUAGGGUCUGCGGCGCGCAGCCAUGGCCAUCUGCCGGUUCUUCCUGCAGGGUCGCUGCCACUUCGGCGACAGGUGCUGGAACGAGCAUCCCCGAGGCGGCGGGGGGCGGCCCCACUCAGGUGAUGGAGGAGGACUCUCCGGUGCCUCCGGUUUUGGGUCAGCAGGCAACAAAAGUGCGGUCUUCUCACAGAACAGAUUCUCUGCAUUGAGCAGUGCAAGCUGUAGCGAUGACUUCAGUGAUGAAGAACGGAGACUUCUGAGGAGGUGCGUCUGGAGUACUACAACUGCAGAGCCAACAAUAACACCCAGACCUACAUAAAUUCUGUCAAUCAGUUAGCGCAGCAAUGGAAAAACAGGCUGCAGGAGCUGAAGGCGUUAAAUGCCUCAGGAAAAGCAUCGAUGCUGUCUGAGUUAAAGAAUGCGGUCACUCAGCCAUUACCUUCUCUUGGAUUUGGAGGACAGCAAGCCUCAAGCAUUGGGAUGUCAAGUAAGUUUCUGCAUAAAGAACCAGCAAUUAAACAGAUAUUUUUAAAUUUUCUUCUGCAUUAUGGAAAUGCAGCAGUGUUUCAGUAUCACAGGUGUACCCAUUCUGAGCGUUCUUGUAUAUUUCAUAAUUGCAGGCUUUCCUGUGCCUCUGGGCAUAACGUAACAUCCGCGCCUUCUGCAGUCCCAAACAGUGUUACAUCAGACAAGUUAUAUACACCCAGGAGUGAAUUAACAGCUGAAGAGUUGAAGCAGUUUGAAGCAAAAAGGUUCACGAUGGGGAAGAUCCCUCUUAAACCACCACCUGCAGACCUUUUAUAUGUUUAGGGCUCAAGUUUAUUCUGAACUGAUGUGUCUUAGCUGUUGUUCUGUGACACCCCCAAUAAACAAUGUUGUGAUUGAGUAA